AUGUCACAAUGGCGAAAAUGCUCCAGGUUCUAUGCAACCGUCAAUAAGGUGUCUAGAAAGACGGUAAUACCCAAAAACAACUAUAAAAAUUCAACCUCCUCAUCGACUUCAAAAUUUCGCCCAGCAGCGACUCAAAGCAUACAUCCAUUUUACACCCCCAAUAUUAAUGAGAGGGCAUUACUAUGCUUAACUGAAAGAAAUCCAGAACUGUUGAAUGGUCAACCCUUUAUUCCAGCAAUUUCAACCGAUCCGGUCACUUCGGAGGCUACCUUGGUCAAUGCCAGAUGCCAAUUCCACACUGUACAGGAUAUCAAUCGCUGGGUCCAAGAGCAGAGAAAUAAGAGUGAACAUGGGAAAAAGCUGGAAAUUAUUAAUGAGCAUAACAUCAACCGACUACUUCGAACUAGUAAACUGGACAGGAACCAGUUGCCUCGCAUCAAGAGAUUAACAUCCCUCUUUGCUGGUACUUCUGAAAGUGUCAAUCCAGAUCUCAUCAAUACAAUUGUGGAGUCAUUGGUGACUGAUAGUUCGGAGAACAACAAAAUAUUCAGCGAAGAAAUAUUUCUCUACAUGCUACAGCAUCACACAACUUCACCGGAAGGACUAAUUGGUAUUAUAGAGUCUAUCAUUUUUUUCUUGCACAGGGAUAUAGACGAGUUCAAGGUUGCAGAGCUUCUGGUUCUUCAAUGUCUUGUUUCCAUUCAAAAAAAGGAUAUUAAGCUCACUCCUGCUUUAGUAUCCACAAUUGACAGGCUAACGGAGGCUAUCAAUCAGAGAUUCCAUUCCACUAACUGCAUUCUUCAGUUUGAACCUUGUGUUAUUCAUGUAUUUUUGGAACAUUACAUUAAAUGUGGCAAACUGGCUGGAUGCAAGAUUCUAUUCGCAGAUUUGAUCAACAAGGGCUUUUGCCCAAAUGCUGAAUUAGUAACAGGAUAUCUGAAUCUCAUAGAGGAAAAGAUUGGCUCAGGAGUUAAUAAUGAGGAACUGUUAAGAAAGUUUGCAUACAUUUCAGAUUUCUCACCCGUCUUUCAUACAGUAUUUUCUCCGCAAAUUAUGGAAUAUCUAAUCUCCUAUUGCCGGCACUUUAACGAAGUGCUCAGUUUGUUACUUUUGGCGGAACAAUCAGUUAUGAUGAAGCAGAUCUAUGAUACAAAUUUACCACAGCUCAUCCGUAAAGUUUCGCUUUUAACAAGAAAUUCUUUGAAAAAUUCAGCAAAUCUGUGCUCUCUCUACGAUCGUGCAGAAAACUACUAUGGUCAAAAUUUGUCGGAUAAGGUGAAAAGUGUUUUUAUCCUGCAGUUUGCUGUAAAUCACAACUUUUCGAUGGUCGCGAAAUUGCUUACGUCUCUGAAGGAAACUCCUUCUCCAAAUUACUUUGCUAGGAUAAUGGCUAUGGUGGAGCAAUGGCCUUAUGGAGAAUUUUCUUCCUCAUCGCCUGGUUUUAGCAAAACUUUCAAGAAAGCUUUCAUGGAAGAAUUCGUCUUACCGUCGUUCUCAAGAAUGUCUGAUGCCGGGAAGUUAACAGUACUCAGCCAUCUGGAAUCCAUUGAGUUGAUGCUUCCCGCAGUUAAAGUCGAGAUGGACGUUUUGAAAAAUGGAAAAGGUUCAGUACUCCCGCAGAUCCUAGUGAGAGCCUAUAUCAAUGGGUUCGAGCCUUUAACUUCUUCGAUCAUCAAGACCUUAUCUUUGAGUAGCAGCGGCCUGAGUAUACUUGAACAAGCCUCUGAAAUGCAUACACCCAUUUCCAAUCUUUUGCAAGCUGCAGUUGAUAAAGCGAAAUCUUCAUAG